UAAUAAUAAUAAUAAUAAUAAUAAUAAUAAUAAUAAUAAUAAUAAUAAUAAUAAUAAUAAUAAUAAUAAUAAUAAUAAUAAUAAUAAAGUCCAUUGAGCAGAGGGCGCUCGCAAGACCCUUGGAUUCAUGAUUAUAUUUUAUGGACUGCUGCCGCUGUUGCCGCCGUUGUCCAUUGAGCAGAGGGCGCUCGCAAGACCCUUGGAUUCAUAUUAUAUUCUAUGGACUGCCGCCGCUGUUGCCAGCCGUUGUCCAUUGAGCAGAGGGCGCUCGCAAGACCCUUGGAUUCAUAUUAUAUUCUAUGGACUGUUGCCGCUGUUGCUGCCGUUGUCCAUUGAGCAGAGGGCGCUCGCAAGACCCUUGGAUUCAUAUUAUAUUCUAUGGACUGUUGCCGCUGUUGCCGCGGUUGUCCAUUGAGCAGAGGGCGCUCGCAAGACCCUUGGAUUCAUAUUAUAUUCUAUGGACUGCUGCCGCUGUUGCCGCGGUUGUCCAUUGAGCAGAGGGCGCUCGCAAGACCCUUGGAUUCAUGAUUAUAUUUUAUGGACUACUGCCGUUGUUGCCGCCGCUGUCCAUUGAGUAGAGGGCGCUCACAAGACCCUUGGAUUUCCAUACCGACCUCUCCGCGCCGGCGUUCCUCUCACCACGGCCGACCCUCCUGGCUCGGCGCGGUGAUCAUUUUGAGGCAUCUUUACAGCAUGACUAUAUUUUAUGGACCGCUGCCGCAGUCGCCGCCGUCCUCGUAUCAUGAUCGGCCCUCGGCACGGCAUCUUCACACUCCAUGGAGGAUGACCUAUUAUCCAGAUGAUCUGACCGCUUCUGUAGCUCUACGAUCAGCCACCUCGGCACAAUGUGAUCAUCGUUGUACAUCAGACCGUUCUAGUGGGACGAACGGGCGAAUGGAACUAUUGGUUUGAUUGAGUCUCAUUUCGGCCAGGGGAGAACGACCCGCUCGGCGAAGGCGAGCGAACGGGGGAUAUAAAUUGGCUUGGAGGUGAUGUGAAUUCAUGAUGACCCGCAGUGGUCUCGAGUCAAGUCCAGGUCUGUCUGAGUCGAGUCAAGUCCAUGUCUGUCUGAGUCGAGUCAAGUCCAUGUCUGUCUGAGUCGAGUCAAGUCCAUGUCUGUCUGAGUCGAGUCGAGUCCAGGUAUAUCCGAGUCGGGUUCGUCCAUCCUUAAUCUAGGAUGACGACCGCUUAUUUUAUGCAGCAGGAACGGGCUACACAGCACCGUCGUGCCUGGCUUUCUGGCGGGCUCGUCCAUCCUUGCUCUGGGAUGGCGACCGUCAUUCUUAUGCAGCACGUACGGGCUCCACAUCACCGUCAUGCAUGGCUUUCUGGCGGGCUCGUCCAUCCUUGCUCUGGGAUGGCGACCGUCGCUCUUAUGCAGCACGUACGGGCUCCACAGCACCGUCGUGCAUGGCUUUCUGGCAGGCUCAUCCAUCCUUGCUCUGGGAUGGCGACCGCCGCUCUUAUGCAGCACGCACGGUCUCCACAGCACCGUCGUGCCUGGCUCUCGGAUGGGCUCGUCUAUCCUUAAUCUGGGAUGGCGACCGCCGCCUUAUGCAGCACAAACGGUUUCUCAAUGCCGUUGUGCCUAUUUCUUGACUGGGCUCGUCAGUGCCUAAUCUGGGAUAGCGACCGUCAUGUUAUGCAGCACGAGUGGCUCCUCUGUGCCAUCGUGCCUACUUCUCGGCCGAGUUCGUCGAUUCCUAAUCUGAAAGGACGACCGCCAUAUUAUGCAGCACGAGUGGGUGGCUCUUCAGCACCGUCGUGCCUAGUGCGGAACUGCACAUCCCUUAUACUUGCACUACAAGGCAAGUCAUACACUGAUUCAGGGAAGAUAGGGAAGGACGUGAACGAGAAUAUACUUUCUCGAGCAGAUUCACAGGCUCACUACUCAAGAAACGGGGGGACUUGUGUUGGGAUAUAUUAUCCCGGCCCACUACUGUUCAGAAGCCCAAGACACCGUCCUGGUACGAGGCCUAGUCAGCGAGGCUCAUUUAGGCCAGCCUGGCCCGUUUCGGCCCACCUAGGCCUAUCUCGGCCCAUUUGCGGCCCAUUAGACUAGAGGGGUUUUUCCCUCCCCCUCCCUAUAAAUAGGAAGCAAGGCUUCCAUUCUAAGGAUGGCUUUUGGCUCCCAGGAGCUAAUUUCCCCCCCCCUCUCCUUUACUGCUUCUUCUUCCUCUUUGUAGAUAGCUCACAAACCUCCAUCAAUGGAGUUCAACAUAUGUACUAUGUAUUGAGUGAUCGGAGGAUAUUAAUGAGAAAGAGCGGGCUUGGACGUUAGCCUAAAAAGUCCCGUGGUUUUCUCCCUUUUCGGGUUUCCACGUAAAAAUAGCUAGUCAUACACCUUUUAUAUUUAUUAUUCACUUUUAUACCGAAUCCAUCGUCUCUAAUAUCCGAAGUUUAUGUUGGGCUUCCGGAUCUACGGGACAAAACCUCAACAGUCGUGUUUAUAUACAAUUUUAUAUAUAGAGUGGGUUGAGGCCCAUAUACUUAAUCCUACCACUAUCUUUCCGAACAAGAAAAGUAAACAUACAAUAUUCGGAGUACUUUAGUACUUAUUUCGGCCGGGAGAGUUAAUUGGUCAUAUAACAUCAUUCAGUAUUUUCAUUUCAUACAUAUGGCGUCACUUAAUGCACACAUACGACUUUAUCUGUUCAGGACUUAAUAAAAAAUGGAUGUACACUUUACCCACAGUAAGGCUUGAAGUAAGGGUUUGUGUGGUCUUUAAUUAAUUUGGGAAAGUUGUUAGAGGAUGACCAAGCUAUAUAAGUUUUUAUUCCCUAAUGGCCUAAUAGAAUCUCCAAAGUUUGGUUCUAAUAUGAAAGGAUUCCAAAAAGUCUAGCAAUUUUUUAUGAUAAAAAAAUCAAGCAUUUGUAAAUUCACGUUUGUUUAAAAGAUCUUUUUGAAAUUUACUAGUGAUGAAGUCUCGGUAAUGGUGGUAUGUUUUUUCAAUAAGUAUGAAAAAGUAAAAUUUAGUGGACUCAUAAUUAGAAAAGCUUGUUCACAUUGUAGAAAAUUGAAAGUAAAAAAAUUAAAAUUGACCAUACUUGUAUUUUAAAAUUGACAGUCUUUGUUUGCACUAUUUGGUAAAUUUACUCUACUUGUGCGGUAAGGUCAAGAAGUGGGAGAUCUGGAUCACGGAAAUGCUGUUAGGCACCUUCUCAACGGACUCAACAAAAGCGGGCAGCGGCUCUAGGCUCGUCGGGUUGACCACAUUGACCGGCAGGAACGCCACCGAUUCUCCGCCGCCCGCCUGCGGCGCCCGCACCACAUUGACGAAGCCGUCCGAGCCCAGAUUCGUGCUCGUCCCCUGGCACAAAGUGGGCACAGCAACUGCGCCGCGGCCGGUCUCGUUGUCGGCGCCGUCGAUGUAGUCGACGAGGACGUGGAGUAGGAGGACGUCCUUGAUCGAUUGUAGUGUCCGGUUUCCGCCGGCGGCCAGAGCUUCCAUGGCCGCAUUGUCUACCGCCAACACGGUUAUCCCCUCGCGGCGGUUGAUUUCGGCGGUCAGGUUUGUCUCCGUCAGGUAACUACUGAAGCUGCUCAGCUCUGGCUUGUUCUCUAGGAUGCUGGUGAUGUUGUGCCCCGCUGCCGUCGUGGCUCCCGGGAUAAGCCACCACACACUGACCCCACAAAUCAUCGCCGCCCACAACCGCCGCAUUUUAUUCAGUUUCCACGCCGCGCGGGGCGCGCUGCAAAAGUUGAUUUUUAAUUUGUGCGCAAGCGAUAACAAUGAGAAUUAAUUACGGUGUAAUUAGUGGGGUCGAUGAUUAUAUACGUAGAAAUUACCCAGGAGUAAAAGUGUAAAACAAAAGUAAAA